UCCGCGCUGUCGAAACCGCAGCACGCACACUCUCUCGCUCACACACACACACACACAUACACACGCAAACACAUACACUGACACACACACUGUCAUGAGCGGAUAUUAUACACGCAGCGUAGAGCGCGAGCGCGCGCGCGCGCGCACGUAUAUGCCGCAGUGACGUUCCCCAGCCCCGCGGGACACCACAACCGAAUCCGUUUGAGAACAGGUAAGUCCUCUGGUCGGGAUCUCGUGCUCGUCGCGUAGUUAAACCUAUUCGUCAAAACUGCACUGUCGUUCGGUACAAUAAUUGUAGUAUUGUCAUUAUUAUUGCCACUGUCAUUUGUCGCCGACAUUUAUUUUUUCCGCGAUCGUCGUACGAUCAUAAUAUUUCUACCUAUUGCGGUGUAUAACGUAACCAUACGAUCGACUUAAUAUUAUACCACUAGCGUCGUCGCGUUGUUCAUCUCGGUCGUCUCUCUGCAGCAGACGACGAAGACUACGACACGCGGAAAUGGAAAGCGAAUCGCCGUUAGAAGUACUGUCCAGAGCGGCCACGAUGUUGCACAGGGAGGAGACUGCGGCGGCGGCUGCUGCGGCCGUGGUGGAGUCGUCUUACGCCACCAAUCAUUCGAGGGCGCUGUCGCUGAGAUGUUCGGCGAUGGAGGGAACCGUCGGAACUGUUGGAAAAUGGAAAAGAGAGAGAAGACACAGGGCCGUCUGCACAUCACCCGUAUCGCCCACUCCACCGCUUUUCAGAAACUCUCAAGAACCACUGGACAUGACGACGACGGCCGGUUCCAGGGCGAUGCCCAAAGAACGGGCUUCGGUGAUCAUGGCGUCGCCGGCCACCGGACAGAGGACACUGUCAGCGGCGGCGGCGACAGGCGGAAUUAGCGACCCAGUCAUCGACGAACAUUUCAGGCGGUCUUUGGGUAAAGACUAUAUAAGCGUGUUCGCGCCGGCCGUCGCGCAACGACAACAGCAACAGACUCCGGCUACAGCCGCCGCCGCACCAUCGACCGACGGUGACGACGACGACGACGCGGGAUUAUCAGCGGUUGACGAUCAUUUUGCCAAAGCUCUGGGCGACACGUGGGUAAAGCUGCAAAAAGAAGAAUACCAAAAAAAGAGAAAAGAGACGGCGACCGCCGCCACUGAUGGCAGGCAAAAAGUGAACGUAUAUGCGGCGUGAGGGAGAAAACCAACCGGAAAAACAGAACAAAAUAUGAGAUAAUUUUAGGGGAUUUGUGUUAUAUUUAUAUUAUAAGUGCAGCAGGAACGGCCGGAUGUGCGCCCGGCUUCGGGGCGGUGGGCUAAACUGCGUAGACUAUUAUUUUAUGUAUAUGAUUUAUUCUUUGUACACUUUAAACUUUGUAAAUAAUAAUAAUAAUAAUAAUAAAAAAAAUAGGUAUUUAUGAAAA